CGUGAUUCAAUAUCAGGUGAUUCUUUUUCCCGGAAGUGAUUUAAGAGUUUUCAACCUUUAUUUUUGUCGCCUUUAAAUAAAUUAUUAUUGUAUUUGUUUUCAUGGAGGCUACACUAGAGCAACACCUCGACGACACGAUGAAAAAUCCUGCGAUUGUUGGAGUUUUGUGUACAGACGCCCAAGGUCAUAAUCUUGGCUGCCGUGGUUCCCUUUCUGAUGAGCACGGUGGAGUUGUGUCUGUUCUCGCUAAACAGGCUGCUUCUUUAACUAAAGAUCCAACAGACACUCCGACUGUGUGUCUCGAAUCUGAUUCAGGGAAUGUGCUGGUGAGGACACAUGGGACCAUCACAGUAGCCUUGCACAAGAUGGUGUCAUAAAAUCUUUGGAUGCACGCUUCAUCUUCAGAAGAUCUCAGUGUUAUUGCUAAUGUACAACUGUAGCUGAUGUUACCAUGUAUCUGCUUUUGAUUACAAAAGGUCUUGUGCACAUCUGAUAACUGGCAUGUGUUGUGCUUUGUUUAUGACCUGUUUUGCAGGAUUUGCAGGAACUGAUAUAUAAUGUUUGCAUAUUCUUUUACAGUUAGAUACAUUUCGCAAUUAUUCAGUUUCCUGAUUAACAGGAAAUGCUUUUGGUGUCUCAAAAUGUUGCUGUUAAUAAAUUAUUUAAUAAAUAGUUA